ACACUUCUCCAAACCGAAACGCUCUCUUUAUCUCCCUUUCUUUCUCUCAAGCUGUCAUAGUCGCUCGCCUCUGUCUUGAAGAUAAAUUUUCACAAUUAGGGUUCUUCUACCCUUUGAGCUUUUUUUAACUGUUCCAUCUCUGUUCUCUAAAAUAUAUAUCUUCAUCUUCUCCUUCGAUUCGGAGAUCUCUUAUCAAAAAAAUUCUUGAAUCUGUUCUUCACAUCUCAAGCGGCAAAUUCGUUCUCAGAUUUGAUCGACCUCCUUUAUUAUUAUUAGCUCAAUCAAUCCCCCAGCUUUGGGUGAUGAUGGUGAUUCAGGGUUUGGUAUUGUUGUACUCUAGGCUCUCGUAGCGGCGAGAAUGCCAGGCAUUCCUCUCAUCACUCGUGAAUCCUCUUCUUUGGUGGUGAUUAAUCACAGUUGUUCAAGAAGCACAGAGCAGAUGUGCCAUGAAGACUCCCGUGUGCGUAUUUCUGAAGAGGAGGAGGUUGCUGCUGAAGAGAGCCUCGCUGCCUAUUGCAAGCCUGUUGAACUCUACAACAUCCUUCAGCGCCGUGCUCUUAGGAAUCCCUUGUUUCUUCAGCGAUGUUUGCAUUAUAAGAUUGAGGCCAAACAUAAAAGGAGAAUUCAAAUGACGGUGUUUCUCUCGGGGACUAUAGAUGCUGGUGUACAAACUCAAAAGUUGUUCCCUCUGUAUAUUUUGCUGGCUAGACUCGUUUCCCCUAAGCCUGUCGCUGAGUAUUCUGCAGUAUAUAGGUUCAGUCGAGCAUGUAUCUUAACUGGUGGCCUGGGAGUUGAUGGAGUUAGUCAAGCCCAAGCCAACUUUCUUCUCCCUGAUAUGAACAGACUCGCGUUGGAGUCAAAAUCAGGAUCACUCGCUAUCUUGUUUAUCAGCUUUGCUGGUGCGCAAAAUUCUCAAUUUGGCAUUGAUUCAGGCAAGAUUCAUUCAGGAAAUAUAGGAGGACAUUGCUUAUGGAGCAAAAUACCUCUGCAAUCGCUCUAUGCCUCGUGGCAGAAAUCUCCAAACAUGGACUUGGGACAGAGAGUAGACUCAGUCUCUCUUGUUGAAAUGCAGCCUUGCUUCAUAAAGCUAAAGUCUAUGAGUGAGGAAAAGUGUGUCUCGAUUCAGGUGCCCAGCAAUCCCCUCACCUCGAGCUCGCCGCAGCAAGUGCAAGUCGCCAUAUCUGCAGAAGAGGUUGGGGCAACAGAAAAAUCUCCGUAUAGUUCAUUUUCAUAUAAUGACAUCUCUUCCUCUUCGUUGUUGCAAAUUAUCAGGUUGAGAACACGGAAUGUAGUUUUCAAUUACAGAUACUAUAACAACAAAUUGCAGAGGACUGAAGUAACUGAAGACUUUUCUUGUCCAUUCUGCUUAGUAAAAUGUGCCAGUUUCAAGGGCCUGAGAUACCACUUGCCAUCAACCCAUGAUCUCUUCAAUUUCGAGUUUUGGGUAACUGAAGAAUAUCAGGCUGUAAAUGUCUCCCUCAAGACAGAGACAAUGAUUUCCGAGAUUAAUGAGGACGACGUUGACCCCAAGCAGCAAACAUUCUUUUUUUCUUCAAAAAAAUUCAGACGGAGGAGGCAAAAGAGUCAGGUACGGAGCUCAAGGCAAGGGCCUCAUCUUGGACUAGGUUGCGAGGUGCUGGACAAGACUGAUGAUGCUCAUUCUGCUAGAACUGAGAAGAGCCGAAUACCACCUGGAAAGCAUUAUGAAAGAAUUGGAGGUGUUGAGUCUGGUCAAAGAGUUCCUCCUGGCACGAGUCCUGCAGAUGUGCAAUCAUGUGGUGAUCCAGAUUAUGUCCAGUCGAUAGCUGGAAGUACAAUGUUGCAGUUUGCAAAAACGAGGAAACUAUCUAUAGAACGGUCGGACUUGAGGAACCGUAGCCUCCUUCAGAAGAGACAGUUCUUUCACUCUCAUCGAGCUCAGCCCAUGGCUCUGGAACAAGUACUUUCUGACCGAGAUAGUGAAGAUGAAGUUGAUGAUGAUGUGGCAGAUUUUGAAGACAGAAGGAUGCUGGAUGAUUUUGUUGAUGUGACGAAGGAUGAGAAGCAGAUGAUGCACAUGUGGAACUCGUUUGUGAGGAAGCAGCGGGUAUUGGCAGAUGGUCACAUUCCAUGGGCAUGUGAGGCAUUCUCAAGAUUACAUGGACCCAUCAUGGUUCGAACACCGCACUUGAUUUGGUGCUGGAGAGUGUUUAUGGUGAAACUGUGGAACCAUGGCCUUCUUGACGCCCGAACCAUGAACAACUGUAAUACCUUUCUCGAACAGCUCCAAAUUGAAAACCCAAGAAACCAUUAAUUUAAGUAGAAAAACAAAGAAAGAAGGGAGAGAAAAGAAGAGUUUUGGGGGUCUUAUUUAACUACUUUUGGUGUUGAGGAGCAUAUUUAUGCAUGACUUGUCCUCUCUUUUUUAUAAUUGUGUACAUUGGCUCUCAUCUUUGACCUUUGUUCUUCGACAAAUGCUGGCAUGCUGCUUAUACAUGUUCCUUAUUGAUUUAGGAUUUCUA